CUUCCAUUUCGCUACCGGUGUGACCCUUUCCCCCACUUGCACCGAACUCUGCAGUUGGGCGAGCCACUGAGGACGCUCAGACUGCCUCACGAUCUAACGACCUUACUGGGACAAAGAAUAGAGUGAGAAGGUCUUCCAGCAUAUAUUCUGCUGGAAACCCUUAAAAAAUCUUUGGUGACACAGCCAAAGCAUGACAAGCCAGCCACAGCAGAUGGCAUCCGUAGCGGCCAUAAAUACAGCUCCUACCCCUCAACAACGGUCCAACGCUGGCUCCUCAAAUACACCUAUAUCAUCCCAAAAUAAUAACACUAAUACCAUGCCUAACCACACCUCCACCUCCUCUACUGUCACCGAAGCGCACCGCAAUUCAAUUAAUUCUACAAGCUCGGCGUCAAACGGAACCAGCAAUGUGAAUAUUACCAAUUCUGGUCCGAGUACUGGCGCGGCCCCUGCAAGUUUAAGCUCGAUAGUUUCACCUGACUUGUCCAACUCAAUUCCGGAGGACCUCAAGCCCCACAUCGCGCCAUAUGUGCAACGAGCCAUUGAGCUUAGCACCCGGGAGCCUGUGAUGUGUUAUUGGUGCCUCUUUUUCGCUGCGAAGCAAGGGAUUGCAAUAGGGAACAAAGACGACCGCCUUUACCUCUUUAAUCUCAUGGAGACCAUCGAGAAGAUAAAAAAUGAGCUGAGAGAUGCCAGCGCAGUCUUUUCUGAUGAAGUGGGAGCUGCGUACGUUAAGGAGUUCGCAAACAAGGUGUUCAUGCUCGCGGAUAGCGAAGAUCGCGCAGGAAGUGCCACGCGCUCGACGGCGAAAAAAUUUCUCGCCGCUGCGAAUUUUUACGGGUUACUGUCAGUCUUCGACAUCAACGAUGAAGCCGAGGUAAAUCAGAAGAUUCAAUACUCGAAGUGGCGUGCGGGUACCAUAGCGAAGAAGGUCAAAGGUGCAGGAGAGGCGACACCCUCAGGUCUUCAGUCUUCAACAUCCUGGGCUCAAGCACAGAAUGAGAAGGCGAACAAUGUUCCCAGUGGGACUCAAGGGCGAAAGCCCACUCCCCCCAUCGAGCAGGCGAACUUUCAAUCACAGUUCCUUUCUGUACCUCAUCCGGGCACGAGCUCCGCUGCACCCCUCCCCUCGCCGAUCACCUCGUCCACCUUUGGGUCCGUACCUGCUUCUGGCACAGCUACGCCUCAUCGCCCCUUUCACACGUCGCCUAAUGCUGCGGCUGAAAAGAUCCCCCUCCCUCUGAGUCCGCAGGCUCCGUAUGAUAACUUGAAACCUAUCUCCACUCCUGUUGCAGAUGUGCAGGCGAAGCUCAAUCAUGCGAGAGCUGGGUCAGCUGGGACUAGCGGGGGUGUUACAUUUCCGUCAGCCUCUGGUGCUACAGAUCAGAAGUCGGACGGAGGUAAGGAAGCAAAUCCUCGUGAACCCAGAGUAAGGAAGCGAUCGAGCGCCGAUAAGAAUAUCGCCGGUCCGACCACCAAGUCAGCUGUAACUGGCGUGAAAGAUGUGAAUCCAAAGGCGAGUCAAUCCACAACCCUUCCUGGUCGGGGAGUCGCCCAGCUUCCGGAUGGGCAGACAAAUCCAGACGAAUUGAGCGACCAUGCAACCCCAGGUCUAGACGAUAUGUUCAAGCGUGUGCCCUCUGUCCAAAGCACAGGCAGUCAUACGGAGAAGGCCUCAGGGGGAGCUUCCACACCGAACCAUGUGUCCCCUCCAUCCUCAGCCAACUCUAAACUUGGCGCGGCCUCGCGAACAACUCCCAUUCCUCCUUCACCAUUCUCUUCGACUACUCACAGCCCUGUAACACCAACUUUCCCGCCGUCCACGGCAAUCUAUCAAUCGCCAUCUAGUGGCGAGACCGCAGGCAAAAAAGUCCUUGCCACCGCUCCUCCAGGCUCUACACUCGUAUUGGAACGUGAAAGGCGGCAGUCAUUUCGCAGGUCCGAACCGUAUGUCCUUCCUACUGUCGGUUUAGUCGUUCCACCUAGUUUGAGUCUUAGCUCCGGGAUCGGUAUUCCUGGGAGCAAGGUGGCGGAUGCUAGGAAUGGUAACCCGGACUCAAAUACACUACCUCUACGAGUGUGGAUGAAGCCGUUUACAGGACCUAAUCCUGUGAAAUUUCCCUUGCCUGUUUCCGUUGCAGCCCAGGCUACUCCCGCUACUCAAGCUUCCACAAGUGCGUCCGUAUCUGGGCCCUCGAAGAGCAGCGCCACGGCGACUACGGAUGCAGCUAUUACUUCAACUUCACAUUCGAGUAGUGCGCCUCCUUCGCAACCUUCCUCGAAUACCAGUGGGAAAGCUUCCACUCUGGCGACGACAACUUCCACUCCAAAGCAGUCAUUAACAAAAUCGCCAGAACUGAAAGCUACGAACGUUCUGGCAUCGUUACCUCAAGCUGCACUUAAGCCCGUGCCUGCGCCAGAAGUGAGAGGAUCGCCCAAAACCAACAAUGUACCUGUAGCUGUCAACAGUUCGUUGUCCAAAUCAACAUCUCAGAUUCCCUCCCACAACAAUUCGUCGGAGAAGCCUUCUGCGCUGUUACCUCUCGCAUCCGACGAGUCAAAAGUCUUUGCCAUUCCUCCUAAGCUUGCCGAGGCGGCCAAGCGGGCCCCUCCAAGUUCAACACUGCAUGCCAGCGGAGACCUUGAUCACCCUCAAAGCAAGGAUAUAGCCGCUUUGGACUUGGCCAAGAAAGCAGUCAGUGCCCUGGGUACACCAACUUUACCAAGUUUGCCUUUGAUUUCGCCCAUAUCGGUGUUUAAAAAAGUUCAUUUCUCAGAUUCUGUCAAAGGUGGUUUGUCCAGUAUUGCUUCCAAUUCGCCUCCCCACAGCCCGGAGCAGGUUGUUAGGGAGGUGACUAUUGACAUUCCCACUAAUGGUCCUAUCUUGUCAUCUACGGAGUCCACUGACACCGAGGAUGAAGGCAAGGACAAGGAUGAGGAUAGUCGGACGGUGAAGUUUGGGCCACCCGGCCUGACGACUGACGCCUGCGAGUAAUAGGACCACUGUGGAUGAGAGAAGGGGUCUCUUCUUGCCGUCAUCCAAUGACUCGCAACCAACCCCGUAUAGGACAAAAGCAGCCCCUUCGCUGUCAACCGGUGUCAGCGCUUCUUUCAGGGAUCGAUCGAGCACGGUCACACACUCUUCUCCGCCCCCGGCCGCUCCUCUUCCUAUUCCUUCGUCUCAUUUACGUUCGA